UAUGAAACGUGCCUACUUUACAAUCAUGGCGCGUGGCACCACCGAAAACUACCGUCUCUGUCUCUCUCUCUUUCAUAGUUGCAAUUGCAUCAACCGCAGGGAAGUAUCCUUAAACACUGAAAAUUCCAACACCAUUUCUCUCUCUCUCUCUCUCUCUCUCUCUCUCUCUCUGUCUAUAUUUCUCUGUUAGCCGUUGAGAGUUUCAGUCUACCCUCCAUUUUCACAACGUUCCCGAUUCAAUUCUCUUCUUCCAUUUGUGUUUUAUUUAUUUAUUAUUAUUCAAAGUUUUGGCCUUUAUGAUGACCCUUUUGCCAAAUUGAUCUCUCUCUCUCUCUCUCUCUCUCUCUCUCUCUCUACAAUAAGCUACAAUGUUUCUUCAUCUCUUAGAAUGAUGGAUGCUCCCUCCGUCUCUUCUUCCUCCUUUGGUUCCAUUGCCACCAACGUUUAGGAGAAGUGGCAACAUCAGUGAAGUAGUGUGACCAUGGAGCAACGACGGCGUUGGCACGAUGUGUUCUGGUUAGGAAUAUUUGUGAUCCAUUUGAUUGGUUUGGGUUUUGUUCUUGGGGUUCUAGGCCUCAACAGGUUCAAGAUAAAGAACAGGCUUGACAUUGAUAAGUACACCUACCGGUUCAUGGAGAAUGAGGCUGGGUUGACGGAGGAUUACUGGCCGCUCUAUGCGGUUGCCGGCGGUGUUGGCACUGCUAUUGGAUGGAGUUGGUUGUUGCUGUUGGGUUCACGCGCCACCCAAAUGAUGAAGGUGUCUGUGCACAUCCUCACCACUUAUCUUGCUGUGAUCAGUGUUUUGUGUUUCUGGGCUGAGCAGUUUUUCUGGGGUGUUGCUUUUGCUAUUGGUGCAUCUCUGCAGUUCUUGUAUGUGAUAUCUGUCAUAGAUAGACUUCCAUAUACAAUGUUGGUUUUGCAAAAAGCUGCCAAGUUGGUGUGGAAUCUUCCUGAGGUUAUGAGAGUGGCAUAUGCAUUUAUGCUUGCUGUGCUUUUAUGGAUGGCCUUAUGGUCAUUUGGAGCUGCUGGUGUUGUGGCUUCGAGCAUGGGUGAUGGUGGACGCUGGUGGCUUCUUGUGGUCCUCUCUGUGAGCUUAUUUUGGACAGGUGCUGUAAUCUGUAAUACUGUACAUGUCAUAGUGUCUGGGAUGGUGGUUCUUGUUAGUAUCCAUGGUGGUAGCGAGGCUGCAUCUGUUCCCGCUAACUCCUUAAUGAAAUCUGUACAGUAUGCUUUAACAACAUCUUUUGGCAGCAUUUGCUAUGGCUCAUUAUUCACAGCUGCUAUUAGGACACUGCGAUGGGAGAUAAGAGGAUUGCGCUCAAAGAUAGGCAAAAAUGAGUGUUUGCUUUGCUGUGUUGAUUUCCUUUUCCAUCUUGUGGAGACUCUUGUCCGUUUCUUUAACAAGUAUGCUUAUGUUCAGAUUGCUGUUUAUGGUAAAAGCUUUAACCAUUCUGCUAGAGAUGCGUGGGAGUUAUUUCAGUCAACUGGAGUUGAGGCACUUGUGGCCUAUGAUUGUUCAGGUGCUGUGCUGCUAAUGGGAACCAUUUUCGGUGGGCUAAUAACUGGAACUUGUUCUGCUGUUUGGGCAUGGAUGAAAUGGAGUGACAGAGCAUUUAUGAUUGGCUCCACAUCUAUGCUCAUGGGGAUGAUAUUGGUUGGAGUGUCUAUGGUUGUGGUGGAAAGUGCUGUUACAUCCAUAUAUAUUUGCUAUGCAGAAGACCCCAUGUUGAUUCAGAGAUGGGACCCUGACUUUUUCAACCAGAUGUCUGAGACACUACACCAUCGACUUCAACAUAGGAGUGCACGUGAAAGGGAAGUUUUAACCCACAAUCAGCUUGAUGGCCGUGUACGAGAAAACGCAUCUAUUUGAGGAAUCACUCCAUGUUAUAUAGUACACCACUUUAUUUAUCCACUAUAUGUCAACCAUUUAGAAUCUUUUUGUGGUUUGUUGUAACUUGUAAGAUAAGUGUCAUAUUUCAAGUUAAAAGUAAUUGGAAAAGAAAAAAUAUUUGUUGAUGUUGUUGAGGGUAUUGGCUUUGAGCAAUGUUGGAUGUGCAAUGGUUGCCUUAAAUAUGGUCAUUUUGUACCUUAAAAAAAGGAGCAAGAAAAGGAAGACUGCAGGCAGU